AUGAACGGGGACGACGGUGUGAACAUGAGCCCAGGCAACGGAGACGCCACCGCCGGCACGAACGCUCCCCGUAGGGCCAGGCGCUGGCGUCACAGGGGCAACAGGGGCCGUGGCCGCGGCAUCAUGCGCGGUCGCUUCAUCGCCCAAGCGGAUCAGGAGGCACCCCGAGGUGCCCGACUCUUCCCAGGCGCACCGCUCUCGAUCCACGAACGGCUGACGAUCAUCCACCACAUUUACGACUAUCGCACGUUGCACGGGGCCGACCCCCCUACACUUGUCAUUCCCCCUCGUGAUGAGAACGACUCACUGAUCAAUGUCCUCUUUCACCCGCCAAGAAAGGACGACCUGUUGCAGACUACUAGUCCUGCAACCCAAGUGGAGAACAAGGAGGACGCCAGCCCCGCAGCUACUGCCGGCCCUGUAGGUCAGGAGGAGACGAAGGAGGUCGCCAGCUCCGAGACCGCGGCUGCCGCUACAGCGAGAGAUCGGACCCCACUACGGACGACUCUGGUUCAGGGCGCCCAAGACGCCCAAAACACGCUGAUUGUGGCGGUCUUUUCCUUUACGGAAGAUAUGUUGGGGCAGGCAAUCCUCGGCGCGGCGGAUAGAGGCGUGAAAAUCAAGAUCUACCUGGAUCACGGACAAGCGUACAAGAGUCCGAAAUGGCCCAGAAAAUUCAUCGAGAGCAACAAGAUCGAGAUAAACUACCGCCGAGCGAGGUCCGAGAAGAUGCACAUGAAAUACCUCGUGGCAGACGGCAAUGACGUAUGCGUGGGCUCCGCAAACUUCUCCGCCGCUGCAUUGGUCAAGUACAACGAGGAGGUCCUCCUGCAUCUCCGCGGACGUCGAGCAGCUAGCUUCUUCGAGGAGGACUUUUCCUACAGAUGGAAGACGUCCAAGUGUUUGCUGAAGAGCAAGCUCGCUAGACCUACGCUUUAA